CUCUGGCAAAACGUGAUGCAAGGCCAACACGAGAAUGUGUGUCACAUUCAAGACAGAAGGGGAAAUGGCUCCCCCGUGCCAAGAUAUUUGACCUAGAUCUUGCAGUCAGAGGGAGAACUCUGGCAGAGUGUAACAAGUAGCUGCGCGCGAAUCUUUCAACUGAACUUAAAAAACGUUAUUUUCAUAAGAACAAGGUCCAUAACAAACGAGGGGACGUGGGAGAGCAAUAAUGACCCGCAGCUUUCAAAGGAAUUUUAGUUUACGGUGGGCAGUCAAGCGAGAGCGACCAAUUUUGGGUCGAAAUUGGGAAUAGCAACAUUUCAGAUUUGAGUGCAUAAUUGGACACUGAUGGGACAUUAAGAUGACAUCAUCACCAUCAACUGAGGCGGUCAUGCUAGUAUCUGGGAGUGUGGAAGAGCUCACGAGAAGAGCCCGGGGCCCGGUGAGGAGGAACCUGUUUGGGCCUUUGGACCAUGAGCAGCUGCAACAAGACUUCCAUAGGCUCCUGUGUAAGAGCGUGGAGUCAGCCACCAAGCGAUGGGACUUCGAUUUCACCGCCGACCGGCCUACCCAAGGCUCUACAGUGGAGUGGGAGGAGGUGAAGUGCCAGGAUGUGCCAUUGUUCUACCGCAGCUGUGUGGCGAGGAAGCCAGUGUUGAGCAUCGCCGAAGGGAGGGCCGAGAGGGAAAAGAUAAUGCCGGUGUGGCCAGCGUCCCCGGGGUCAUCCAGCUCUGGAGAGGAAUAUCUGGAGGUGACCACCAGGGAGAGCUAUAGGAUUCAGAGGCCGGAGAAGAAAACAGCCAGGCAGAGGUCAGGCGCUGUCAAACGGAGACAGGCCGCUAUUACAGAAUUCUUUGCUGUGAAGAAGAUGAGAGCCAUGAAGAAAAAACGAUAAACAAAUCCCAAAGAAGAGCACCGCAUAGCGGACUAGCUCGGUUUGUCAAUCACCUCAUAGAAAUGAAUAUAUAUAUUAUAUUCUGUAGCAACUCUUGACUGUCGAAAAGCGCAUACCUACAUUAACAGGCUUAAACACUCCUGACAAAAAAAAAAAAAAAACUGUUCAUUUUUCACCCAAGGAAGCUCACUAAUGCCCUCUCAGAGUAAAACAGUGGAUAUGAAUGUAUAUUGAUGUACAUACUAGAUUUAAUCUAUAUUUUUUAAGUGGUUGUUUUUUUUCUAAGCCUUUGAUUAUAAUGUGAAAUAAUUCAAAUGCACUGUUCAGGAAAAAAACCUCAUUGGCUUUGUUGUAAGAGACUUGUUCCAACAGUGCGCGUGAUGUAGUAUUUCUUAACUGUCAACCACCUUGGCCCGCUCUCUGACAACCUCUCUCAGGAGUUUGGAUUAGAUUAGAUCAGCUAUUCCUGGCCUCAUUCCACACAUAGUCUUCAAUUUCACCAGCCACACGAGUAAAAGGCCCUUGGGUCAAAACCUGACCUCAGUUCAAUUUGGCAAAGUGGCCAGGAUUAACCUAGAGUGCAAAGGUCAAUGAUGGAGUUUGGGUAUUUUAGUAAUAAUAUUUUCUUAAUACAAUCCUUUCAAAUAUUGUCCUUAGUAAUUGAUAAUAGAUACUUAAAAUGUGUUAUCGUGGCUGACAUACACUACCAUUGGCACCACAAUUUUUGCAGAAUUUGCAUUCGUAUGAUAGUAUAUCAUUCUUGGAAACUUUUUGGUAACAUAAUGAAAAUACCUUGUAUGCUUGUUUUGUUAGCUCAAUCCUUUUAACAGUGUAGCAUUUUCUACUCUUUCCUCUGUAUAAAAGCCUCUACGUUUUGAACUCAGCUCUUUAUGAAGGGAAUGUAGCGUUGACAUUGUUUAGAGGUUAUUAUGGUGUUGAAGUUCUGAAAUAGUAUACAAACUUAAGGCCAGCUGAACAUUCUCUGUUCUGCCCCCAAAGGGUUCUUUUUAGGGUUCUUUUGAACUGACUUGCAAAAAAAUGAAUUUGCUGUUCAGUUGUAUGAGUUUGAAUGUUUAACUGCGUGUUUUGACCAAAGAGGAAUAGCUCAUUUGAAAAAGAAAAAAAAACAAGAAGAAAAAACUAUUGGUAAGGGUGGCAUAAUUCAAGAGUCUAAACCACCGAAACCAUAUGCCUUAAGAAUGCUCAAAUAUAUCUAAGACAGUGUUUCUCAAACCUGCUCCUGGUAACCCCCUGCCUUGCAUGUUUUCGAUCUCUCCCUGCUCUGUCACACCUUCAAAUGAUCAGUUCAUUAUCAAGUCCUUCAUGAGCUACAUCAGGUAUGUUAGGGCAGGGAGAUCUAAAACAGGCAGGGCAGGAGGGCGUCCAGGAGCAGUUUUGAGAAACACAUUACCAGUAUCACCGAUGUGAAUGUUGGUCCAACAUUGGAAACCUUAUGCCAUUUGCUCUCCAUAGUAAUAUCGCAAUACUGUACAUGUGGCGUAUCUAGCAGUCCGACAAGGAUUGCCUACGUGUCAUGUUUAAGCCAACCACCAAAAUCAGGAUUGCCUACCUCAUUGAGCGAUAUGAAGGGAAAAAGACAAUUCUAACACAUUUGUUAUGGAAACUGAAGGAGGAGAGAACUGUGGGAUAGUCGGUUCAGUGGUCAGGCUUUAGUUACACUAGGUAAAAGAGUCAGUGUGUCAGAGAGGGAGGCCCAUUCCUGCACAGAGCUGCUGGACAGAGGAAACUAAAGGCCUCUGGGAAUUCUGGGUUUGUUAUCUCUAGUUCUCUGUCUUUCUUUGCUUUGACUGGUAUCCCAGAACUAGACAGAAGGAAGGAUAGGGGUCAGGGACGUUAUUAAUAGACUCUCAGAAAGAUGUCUAAGACUCUGAAUCUAAGUAGUUCUAUAGCAAGACAAGUGGCCUAUUUUCUAGAGGCUUUGUCUGUAACCAUAGACAUCGUGUAACCCCUCUUGGCUUGCCAACAGCCUCCACGUCUGCACAGAUUUUAGAUUAGUCCUUUGUUUAUCCCUAUAUUUCACUAAUGUUCAACAGAAUGUUUUUUUAACUACAGUUUACACACACUUAACCUCAAAAAUGGAAAACAUUAUCCGUUAUAAUUUAAUAAUACUUUGAGUUUUUCCUUGUUUUUUGUGUGUUUGUAUAUGUGGAUUUGAGUAAUGCUUAUGUGCAAGUGGAAUUUUAUAUGCCUGUCUUAGCGUGUUCAAAA